AUGUCAUAUUUAGAUGAUGAAUAUGUUGAAAUUCGAGAUGCUAUAGAUUCCCUUAAUAAUUCAUCAACCACUGAUGGACAAGUAUCAAUUGUAUCAAUUUUGAAAACAGUUAUGGAUAAAUCAAAAGAAAGAGCCAAUAAAAUUAAAGAAUCAGAAGAUGUAAUCGCAAAACUAAAUCAGAAAAUUAUUACGAUUAAUGACGAAUUAAUAGAAUUGAAGAAAGAAAAUUCGAAGCUUAACCAAGAUGUUUUGAAUCAGAAUGAUGAAUUAGCAAGAUUAAGAAGAGAUAACAUAUCUCUAAAAGAUGAAAUUGAUAAAUUGAAAGAAGAGAACUCUUCAAAAUUAGAAAAAAUAAAUAGCCUAACAUCAGAAAAUGCAAAUAACAAAGACUUUAUUCAAAAGAUUGGUGAAUUCUUACCAAAAAUAAAGAAAAUCAAUAACAUGGAUUUGGAUCAAUCUAAAUUCCAAGGUGUUUAUAAUUUAAUUAAAGAAGCCUCAGAUCAAAGAGAUUUAGCCACGAUAUUUUAUUUUCAUAAUAUAACACAUACAAUUGCUCUGCCAAAAAUUUUAUAUAAUGUUUUCCUUACUUCUGCUUUCAGAGGAGAUAUUCAAUUAACCAAAGAUUUCAUUGAAUGUGGUGCUAAUAAGUUUGACACAUGUAAUCAUGGCAAAUCAAUAAUUCAUUUAUUUGCCAAAAAUGGAAAUGUUGAUGCUCUGAAAUACUUUAUGCAGUAUGGUUAUGAUAUAAAUUUGAAGGAUAUAACUGGAAAUACUCCUCUUCAUCUGGCAGUAAUGAAUUGCAAUAUUGAUAUUUGUGAAUAUUUAUGUAAUCAGCCAAGUAUAGAUGUUAAUAUUAGAAAUAAUUCAAAUGAAACUCCAUUAGAUAUUGCUAACAGAAAUGGUUAUGAAACUAUUAAAGGCUUUUUAAUAAAGGCACGUGCCAGCAAUGAAACUUAG